ACGAUCGGUAAGAACAACAAGAUGCUGCAGCACAUCAAUUACAGAGUGAGAAUCAUCUUGCAAGACUCGAGGACGUUCAUAGGGACGUUCAAAGCUUUCGACAAACACAUGAAUCUGAUACUCGGCGACUGCGAAGAGUUUCGCAAGAUCAAACCAAAAAAUACAAAGCAACCGGAGAGAGAGGACAAACGGGUAUUGGGCUUCGUACUCUUGAGAGGCGAGAACAUCGUUUCUCUGACGGUGGAAGGCCCUCCACCUCCGGAAGAAGGAUUGCCGAGAGUACCGAUCCCCGGCGCAGCGCCCGGACCUGGCAUGGGUCGUGCCGCGGGACGCGGCAUGCCGGCCAACGUCGCCGGAGUACCCGCCGGUUUGCAAGGUCCCGUGAGAGGCGUCGGAGGCCCUUCGCAACAAAUAAUGACGCCAGGAGGCAGAGGUCAAGUUUCCGCCCCGCCGCAAAUGCAUCCAGGCGGUCCUCCGCGGAUGCCGGUCGGCGGUCCUCCACCUGGAAUGAUGGGUCCACCACCAGGCAUGAUGGGAAUGCCACCAGGAAUGCCACCGAUAGGACGCGGAGGUCCACCAAUGGGACCACCCGGAAUGAGAGGUCCACCUCCGGGCAUGAUGCGCGGUGGCCCACCUCCUCGUCCGUAUUGA